UGAACAUGGUCAGUGUCUUCUCUGCCAGCAAGACUACCGGUCUGUCUGACUUGUCGUAUCAGAUUUUUAAAUGGGAGCAUUUCGAAAACUACGGUUAUGCAAAUUGGCCUUGGUUGUGAACAUUGUCCUCUUAGUACCAACAAUUUCGUCCACCCCGGUAAAAGAUGCAAACUUGGAAACUGUGCAGAAUGUGGGUUCAGAAUCCAUCACGACCAAAUUGGGGAAAAGUCUGCAGGUUUUAAAGGAGCCCGGAACUAAACCAGCAUUACCGGCGGCUGGAACCCGACGAAAAUCAAGGCAAUCGUACCCACUAAUGAUUUACGGAGGAUGCUACCCCCCUGGGACGAAAGGCUGGGGUUCGAGCAAGCCAGGAUGGGGGUCAAGUAAGCCUGGCUGGGGGUCUGGAUGGAAGCCAACUGGAGGUGUUCCCGCUGUACCAUUUGGAUGGGGGUCAACUGGGGGUGGAUCUACACCCUUCGGUUCAGGCUUUGCAGGAUGGGGGUCAGUUGGGGGCGGUUCCUCGGGGUGGGGAUCGAGCCCUGGUGGGUCGGCAGCCUGGGCUGGAGCAGGGUCAACAAUUCCAACUUCUCAGUCCCCGUUUUCCGCCAUAGGGCCAGCCAUUUCCGGCUUGGGUCCUAUUUUACAAGCUUUGGGGUUAGGUGGUCCUGGUAAUAGAGGUGUCUGGCCGAGUCCGAAUCCUGGAGAAGGCAGGCCUGUCAUAAACCCUUGUCAGUACCGUCCAUUUGAUACGAAUUGCUUUGGGAUAGAAGGAGGAUAAGCAUAAAAUAUUAUUAAAUUGUCGUUUGAAAAUGUAUGUGUAUUAUAUUAUCGUAUCGUGUCGUAUUAGUAUCAUAUUUUCGUACAUAAACUGAGUAAUACAAGUAUCUACAUAUAUAUAGAUAAUUCAAUAAUAAUAAUAAUAAUAAUUAAAGUGUAAAUUUAUUCAUGAGCAAAUAUAUGUUAUACAAAUUACAGAA